AUGAGGCCAAUUCGAGAAAAGGCUGUCGUACCACGGCUUUCGUUGUCCACGCUGCUGAUCUUGUGUACGUUGCGACCAGUCGUGUCGAGUCCGGAAAUUGCCAAGUCCCUGGAGCUUAACGUCAACGGGCAAGCAAAAGUGGGCGAUUGGUCGCAAAUGAAAAUGCAAGAUAUAUUGGAGGACGGGAAAGGGAUCGAUUUAAAAUCGAUAUCGAAGAUCUCGCCGGACGUCGAACCAUCGCUGAGAAUGAAGAAAACCGACAAGCUACCCUUGGGUAUGUCGGUAACUGCACCCUCGCCGCGGAGCCGUCCCCCGCAGCAGCGGUAUCGCAGAUUGCAGAUCUUGAAAGCGUCAUCCAAGAACACUUACCUCGAUGCCCUCGAGCACUCGCACACGAUCAAGGAUGCCCGCGAUCAUCAAGCGAGUUCGACGAAAAUAGCCAGGCGAGAGUACACCCAAGGACCAGUUUAUCGACCCGAAGACAGCACCGCCACCGGCUCCAACAACAUAGAAACCGACGCGAAAGUGUCGAGAAUCUCGUACAACGGCAAUGCCGGCGUCCCAUCGCCUGUUUACACUCCGUUGUCCGACAAAUCCUAUAGUCAGCCGCAAGUGUUUUUCGGGGCAAACGACUACAGCAACUCUUAUGAAAGUUACGGGCCACCGCCGCAAACUUCGUACGGGCCGCCUCAGCAUUCUUAUGGGCCACCGCAGCCGUCCUACGGAUCACCGACGUACCCUUCCGCCGGUCACUAUUACGGACCGUCGCAGCAAGGUUUAGGAUCUAUACAGGCGACCUACAGUACAUCCCACCCUUUGCCCGACAUAUUCCCUCUACUUUUCCCACCACUCGACUUCAGCUGGCCAGUAUCUUUGAAACUCAACGCUUACACCCUCGUCAAGAUCAUUCUCAAACUCAUGGUUUUCAAGAUGAUUGUCAAAUUUAUAGCAACCAUUUGUCUUCUUCUCUUUAUACCGAAAAUAAUUCAACAGAAACCCGAGCAGAGCGACGACGACGACGAGGCACGGCAAUUCGGCGACAAACUGAAUUUCUCGUCGGAGAGGCUACGGCCAUUGACGUCGAUAGUCACGAGGUCGAUUGAGCAGUACGAGAAUAUGAAGAAAAAGAACGGGACAGCAAGCCAGUCAUGCACGGGGCUUGGAUGUCAGCUCAGCAGGAGCUGGUUCGCUCCGACAGAUACGUGGUACGAUUACGUACGGCUGUUUAAAAGUUACGUCGCCGAAGAACAGGCUGCGCAGCAACUCACUGCCAAGAAACAGAACAGCAGGAGGAGACGAUAA